UCAUUUCAUCUUCCAUCAACAAUUUCUCUUCAUAUGUUUAAAAAGCUUAUUCUUUAAACCAUUUUAUAUUGGUUAAUUCUUUAAAUCUUUGAUCUGACAUAAACAAAAACAAAGAGAGAGAAGAAAAAAAGAUAAGGCUUUGAUUUCUUGGAUACAAAAUGGAGGGAACUAGUUUUCAGAAAGCGAGUAAUAGUUUGAGAAGAAACUCCUCGGUGUGGAGGAAAGAUUCAGGAAUGGAGAUUUUCUCGAGGAAAGGAAUUCUCACUGCCUCACAUGCCGGUGGAGCCAUCAACGAGAUCGAUAUUCAGAAACUUGGGUUUCAAGAUACAAAGAAACUGCUAGAGAGGCUCAUCAAAGUCGGUGACGACGAGCAUGAGAAACUCCUCUGGAAACUCAAGAAACGUAUCGAUCGAGUUGGAAUUGAUCUUCCGACAAUAGAAGUUCGGUUUGAUCAUCUAAAAGUUGAAGCAGAGGUUCAUGUUGGAGGCAGAGCUUUACCUUCGUUCGUUAAUUUCAUCUCCAAUUUUGGUGAUAAGUUCCUGAAUACUCUGCAUCUUGUUCCGAACCGGAAGAAGAAGUUCACUAUACUCAACGAUGUCAGCGGAAUCGUCAAGCCUGGCAGGAUGGCUCUGCUUUUGGGUCCUCCAAGUUCUGGUAAAACGACCCUCUUGCUUGCCUUGGCGGGAAAGCUUGAUCUUGAACUAAAGCAAACUGGAAGAGUGACAUACAAUGGUCAUGGAAUGAACGAGUUUGUGCCACAAAGAACAGCUGCGUAUAUCGGCCAAAACGAUGUUCAUAUAGGUGAAAUGACCGUUCGAGAGACUUUUGCUUAUGCCGCUCGCUUCCAAGGUGUCGGUUCGCGUUAUGACAUGUUGACUGAAUUGGCAAGAAGAGAGAAAGAAGCAAACAUCAAACCUGACGCUGAUGUUGAUGUAUUCAUGAAGGCGAUGUCAACAGCAGGUGAAAAAACAAAUGUGAUGACAGAUUAUAUCCUCAAGAUCUUAGGACUUGAGGUCUGCGCAGACACUAUGGUCGGCGAUGAUAUGUUGAGAGGCAUUUCCGGAGGACAAAAGAAGCGUGUCACUACUGGUGAAAUGCUGGUUGGACCGUCUAGGGCUCUGUUCAUGGACGAGAUAUCAACUGGUUUAGAUAGCUCAACGACGUACCAGAUAGUGAACUCCCUCAGAAACUAUGUUCAUAUCUUCAAUGGAACAGCUCUGAUAUCUCUCCUUCAGCCUGCACCAGAGACAUUCAAUCUCUUCGAUGAUAUCAUUCUCAUUGCAGAAGGCGAGAUCAUCUACGAGGGCCCUCGUGACCACGUCGUGGAGUUCUUUGAGACCAUGGGAUUCAAAUGUCCUCCAAGAAAAGGGGUCGCUGAUUUCCUUCAAGAAGUGACAUCAAAGAAAGACCAAAUGCAGUACUGGGCACGACGUGAUGAGCCUUACAGGUUCAUCAGAGUGAGGGAGUUUGCAGAGGCGUUUCAAUCAUUCCACGUUGGCCGAAGAAUCGGAGAUGAGCUUGCUUUGCCCUUUGACAAGACAAAGAGCCAUCCGGCUGCUCUAACCACCAAGAAAUACGGAGUUGGCAUUAAAGAACUUGUCAAGACCAGCUUCUCCAGAGAAUACUUACUUAUGAAAAGAAACUCCUUUGUUUACUACUUCAAGUUUGGACAACUGCUGGUAAUGGCAUUUUUGACAAUGACGCUGUUCUUUCGGACAGAGAUGCAAAAGAAGACUGUGGUGGAUGGGAAUCUCUACACUGGAGCCUUGUUCUUCCUCCUUAUGAUGCUGAUGUUCAAUGGAAUGUCUGAACUUUCAAUGACCAUUGCAAAACUUCCUGUGUUUUACAAACAACGAGAUCUCCUCUUCUACCCUGCAUGGGUGUACUCUCUGCCUCCUUGGCUCCUCAAGAUCCCUAUAAGCUUCAUUGAAUCUGCUCUGACAACAUUCAUCACUUACUACGUUAUCGGUUUUGAUCCCAACGUUGGAAGGCUGUUUAAGCAGUAUAUUCUGCUUGUUCUCAUGAACCAGAUGGCUUCAGCAUUGUUUAAGAUGGUGGCAGCAUUGGGAAGAAACAUGAUCGUAGCAAACACAUUUGGUGCAUUUGCGAUGCUUGUCUUCUUUGCCUUGGGUGGUGUGGUACUUUCACGAGACGACAUUAAGAAGUGGUGGAUAUGGGGCUACUGGAUCUCCCCAAUAAUGUAUGGACAGAACGCAAUCUUGGCCAACGAGUUCUUCGGACACAGCUGGAGUCGAGCUGUCCCAAACUCGAGCGAAACACUUGGAGUUACUUUCCUUAAGUCUCGUGGGUUCUUACCACAUGCAUACUGGUACUGGAUUGGAACUGGAGCCUUACUUGGGUUCGUCGUGUUGUUCAAUUUUGGUUUCACGCUGGCUCUGACGUUUCUGAACUCCUUGGGAAAGCCUCAAGCUGUUAUUGCAGAAGAGCCUGCGAGUGAUGAGACAGAACUUCAGUCGGCUCGGACAGAAGGUGUAGUUGAAGCUGGUGCCAAUAAGAAAAGAGGAAUGGUGCUUCCAUUUGAGCCACAUUCAAUUACCUUCGACAAUGUUGUAUACUCAGUUGACAUGCCCCAGGAAAUGAUAGAGCAAGGCACACAAGAAGACAAACUUGUCCUGUUGAAAGGUGUGAAUGGUGCAUUCAGGCCAGGCGUGCUUACGGCUCUCAUGGGUGUCUCUGGAGCUGGAAAAACCACUCUGAUGGAUGUUCUUGCCGGAAGGAAAACCGGUGGUUAUAUUGAUGGCAACAUCACCAUUUCUGGUUACCCUAAGAAUCAACAAACAUUUGCUCGUAUCUCAGGAUACUGUGAACAAACUGAUAUCCAUUCCCCACAUGUCACUGUUUACGAGUCCUUGGUUUACUCAGCCUGGCUCAGAUUACCUAAAGAAGUUGAUUCAAACAAGAGAAAGAUCUUCAUAGAGGAAGUGAUGGAGCUGGUGGAGUUAACGCCGCUGAGGCAAGCACUGGUUGGACUACCUGGUGAGAGCGGUUUGUCAACAGAGCAAAGAAAGAGACUGACCAUUGCAGUGGAGCUGGUUGCAAACCCUUCCAUCAUCUUCAUGGAUGAACCUACUUCAGGAUUGGAUGCACGAGCUGCUGCCAUCGUUAUGAGGACUGUGAGGAACACAGUUGACACUGGCAGAACUGUCGUCUGCACCAUUCACCAGCCUAGCAUCGACAUAUUUGAAGCCUUCGAUGAGUUGUUCUUACUUAAGCGUGGAGGUGAGGAGAUCUACGUUGGACCUCUUGGCCACGAAUCAACCCAUUUGAUCAACUAUUUCGAGAGUAUUCAAGGAAUCAGCAAGAUCACAGAAGGAACUUUACAAGAGAAACAAGGAGCUUAUCAAGGAGCUAAGCCAGCCAGCCCCAGGAUCAAAAGAUCUGUAUUUCCCAACACAAUACUCACAGUCGUUCUGGACACAAUAUUCCUCUUCACAAUCGGCAUUGCUCUCAUGUUCGGCACAAUGUUCUGGGACCUUGGAGGCAAAACGAAAACGACACAGGAUUUAUCCAAUGCAAUGGGUUCAAUGUACACAGCUGUUCUCUUCCUCGGAUUACAAAACGCCGCUUCAGUGCAACCAGUCGUCAACGUCGAAAGAACUGUCUUUUACCGAGAACAAGCUGCCGGAAUGUACUCCGCCAUGCCUUAUGCUUUCGCUCAGGUUUUCAUCGAGAUCCCAUACGUUUUCGUGCAAGCGGUGGUGUACGGUCUCAUAGUGUACGCGAUGAUAGGGUUCGAGUGGACGGCGGUGAAGUUCUUCUGGUACCUAUUCUUUAUGUACGGAUCAUUCUUAACUUUCACCUUCUACGGAAUGAUGGCUGUUGCUAUGACGCCUAACCACCACAUUGCCUCCGUCGUCUCCUCCGCUUUCUACGGCAUCUGGAAUCUCUUCUCCGGCUUCCUCAUCCCUCGUCCCAGUAUGCCUGUAUGGUGGGAAUGGUACUACUGGCUUUGCCCAAUUGCAUGGACAUUGUAUGGAUUAAUCGCAUCACAGUUCGGUGAUAUUACAGAACCUAUGGCGGAUGGUACGAGUGUGAAGCAAUUCAUUAGAGAUUUCUAUGGAUAUAGAGAAGGUUUCUUGGGAGUUGUCGCCGCCAUGAACGUCAUCUUCCCAUUGCUCUUUGCCGUUAUCUUUGCUGUUGGAAUCAAGAGUUUCAAUUUCCAAAAACGAUAGACAGUUUAUUUUUUGCAAUUCUAUUUCCUGUAACAGUUUAUAUGUUAUUCUUUCUCUUUUUUGUAAUGCCGCAUUGAUAAAUAAAAGGAUGAUCAACAA